AUGGCAUCGGCAACCCCGCUGCUGAAGGAUGACAAGGCCAAGCCUGGGUGUGUUCUGGGAGUGCUGAGCGAGGGCUUCAGCCCGGAUGCGAAGAAUUCAAAGGGCGACCCGCGCGUCAGCAUGGUACCCGAUGUUGCGGCGCAGCUGAUGAAGGACGGAUACGCAGUGUACGUGGAGAAAGGUGCUGGAGUCUACGCCGGCUUCUCGGACCAGGCAUAUGCCGACAAAGGCUGCCUGCUGGAAUCCAGGGGAAACGUGAUCGAAAAGUCCCAGGUUCUCUUCGCUCUAGAGGCACCUGUGCAGGACUUCUCGAUCAUGAAUUGCAAGGUGUUGGUCUCCUGGGUUGGCCGUCUGCAAGACAAGGGCAAGGAGUCACAGGGAGUGAGGAUGGCCAUUUCAGAGGUCAUCCAAAAGGCAAACCAGUACCGCAUCACGGUGGUGGACGCUGCUUGGCUGCAGAGGCCUCCCCAAGAGGGGCUUCAGGAUUCCAUUCUGGCGCUCUGGCCUCUAGCCCAGGUCACUGCGGUCCCUCGCAUCACCAUCGCCCAGAAGUUCCACGGCUUAUCUUUAGCGCUGGACGUUCUUAGUUCCCAGGCCAAAGUGGCUGGGCACCGGGCCGUGCUUGAAGCGGCACCCCGGCUUUUGUUUUGCAAACGGUUUGCGUUGCAGGGUUUGACGUCUGACAGUGCUGGCUGCUCUUGCAUCGACAUCGGCUUCGCAGCUCCCAAGGCACACUCUUACCAGCGCUUCCACACUGCUGAGAUGACAGCGGCGGGCAAAUACCCGCCUGCCCAGACUUUCGUCCUCGGCUGCGGCGUGGCCGGGCUUGCAGCCAUCGGCACCUCCAAGGCUUUGGGCUCCGUGGUGCGAGCAUGGGACGUGCGCGACGUCUCUGACCAGGUGCACUCCAUGGGCGCAAAGUGGGUGAAGGUUGACUUCAAGGAGAGCGGUGAGGGCCAAGGUGGCUACGCCAAGGAGUCCUCGGACGCUUUCAAGAAGGUGCAGCAGGAGACCUUCAAGCAGGUCCUCAAGGAGUGCGACAUCGCCAUCAGCACUGCCGCCAUUCCGGGGCGCCCGAGCCCCCUCCUCAUCACCAAGGAUGCCUUGGCUGUUAUGAAGCCGGGCAGCGUAGUCGUGGACUUGGCGGCUGUGGGCGGUGGCAACUGUGAGCUGACCAAGCUGAACGAGACCAUCGUCACCCCGAAUGGGGUCACCAUCAUUGGAUAUGCGAAUCUGCCAGCACGGAUGCCUGAACAGGCCAGCGCCAUGUAUGCCCAGAACAUGUCGAACCUCUUGAAGCACAUCCACGACAAAGGCAAGGCAGCCGCACUGCUGGACAACCUCUACGGCGCACUGGACAAGGGCGAGGCUGGUGAUAUCGUGUCCCGCAGCAUCGUUUGCUGCCGCGGCGGCAACAAUGUGACGAUGCCUCCACCACCACAGCCCACACCGAUCAAGGCCAAGCCGGUGUCGGCACAAGCGCAGGCCAAGGCAGCAGAGAACCCCAUGAACACAGCUUUGAUCUCGGCCACCGUCCUGACGGUCACCAUCAGCUUCAUGCUCGCCCUGGGCGAAGGGGUUUCUACAUCCUUGCUCUCCACAUUCCUCUUGGCUGGGGCCGCAGGCUACCAGGCAGUCUGGGGCGUGGCCCAUGCGCUGCACACGCCGCUGAUGUCUGUGACGAACGCCAUUUCUGGCAUGACCGCCAUCGGCGGUCUCCUUCUGCUUGACCGAGCGUCCUCCUACUCGGCGCAACUGCUUGCACUCAUCGCAAUCCUCGUCUCCGCAGUGAACAUCAUCGGCGGCUUCGUCGUCUCGCAGCGCAUGCUCGACCUCUUCAAGAAGCCCGGAGACAAGGACUACUCUCCCUUCAUGCUGCUGCCCGGUUUGGUCUUCCUCUUCGUCAGCUUGACCAGCCCGGAGCUCCUGAAGGCAGUCAGCACGGUGUCUGCACUGCUCUGCAUUGCUGCCAUCGGGGGCCUGGCGACCAUGUCCUCCGCCAAUACGGGCUGCAAGUUCGGGAUGGUGGGUGUCUUCGGGGCCAUGUCGGCUGCCAUGGUUAGCCUCAGCUCCGGAAGCUUUUUUAUCGCCAGCGUCCUGCUUGCGAUUGGAGGCUCUGCGGGCCUGGUCCUGGGUGUGCGGGUCAGUCCCAUCGCUUUGCCCCAGACCGUGGCGGCCUUCCACUCCUUGGUGGGUCUUGCAGCCAUGUGCACAUCGAUCGGCUCCUUCGUGGAGAACCCCGAGGCCGGUGCCUCCAUGGAAAACGUGGCCGCGGUCCUUGGCGACUUCAUCGGCGGCGUGACGCUCACGGGCAGUCUCAUAGCUUUCGGCAAGCUGAACGGAAACCUUGCGUCCAAGCCUCUGGACUUGCCAGGGAAGAACUACCUGAACCUUGGUGGGCUCUUCUUCUUCCUGUACCUGAUCUACGACUUCCUGGGCAGCUCUGGCCACUAUGGCAUCUUCCUGCUUUGGGUCGUAGCCGCUUUGGCUUGCGUCAUGGGCGUGCACCUGGUGGGCAGCGUUGGAGGAGGUGACAUGCCCGUGUGCAUCACGGUGCUGAACUCCUACUCCGGCUGGGCCCUGGUGGCGGAGGGCUUCUUGCUGAAGAGCCCGGUGCUGACGAUCGUGGGGUCCCUCAUCGGCUUCAGCGGAGCCAUCCUCACGAAGAUCAUGUGCGAUGCCAUGAACCGAGACAUCAUGAACGUGCUCUUCGGUGGCUACAACAGUUCACCAGCUGCCAGCGGUGCUGGUGACACUGGUCCCAAGGAGCAUGUGGAAACGAGUGUAGCCGCCGUGGCAGAGAUGCUCGUGGGAGCCAAGGAGGUGCUCGUGGUGCCGGGAUAUGGCAUGGCCAUGGCCCGAGCCCAGACCGCCAUGGGAGAGCUCGCAAACGCCCUUCGAGCAAACAACGUGAACAUGAAGUUCGGUGUUCACCCUGUGGCUGGACGCAUGCCCGGGCAGAUGAACGUGCUCUUGGCAGAGGCGGGCGUGCCCCACGAGUGGGUGCUGGAGAUGGACGAAGUGAAUCCCGACAUGGAGAACAACGAUGUGGUGCUGGUAGUUGGCGCCAACGAUGUCGUGAACUCGGCAGCGCAGGAGAUUGAAGGCUGCGCCAUUUGGGGAAUGCCGGUGAUCGAAGUUUGGCGAUCAAAGAAGGUGAUCUUCUGCAAGCGGUCAAUGGGCGGAGGCUAUGCGGAUCUUGACAACCCCGUCUUCUACAAGGAGAACACCGAGAUGCUCCUGGGAGAUGCGAAGAAGACCUCCGACUCCCUGGCUGCCAUGGUUAAGGAAAGGUUCGAGAAGGUCUAG